AGCAAGGCUCAUUCGCAUUUGUAACCAAUCAGCGCUCGUGCCGAACUGUCGUUACCGCCAUUUUGUAUUCCGUUGUAACUGACCAAUGACGAAACUCGAUAGUCACCAUUUCCUGGUUACUUUCGAUUGCUUUCGAUAUCUCGCUACUUUCGAUUGUGCGUCCCCGUCAGUUGUCAAACUUGUAAAAAAGGUUAACGGAAGCGAACCGUGGAUUUGUUUGAGGUUAUUCACGAAUUUUUCACAGCGUCUGGGUUGGAGACCGCAGGGCGUUGGAUUUGGUUUCUGUGCAGUGUGAACCCCGAUUACACGAUACGGGCCUAUUGAUUUCGAGGUGUGCAUCAUUCCCGUGUCAAAAUUGCGUUUGUUUACCUGCGAUUGACGACCCUGAGCAGUUUUUAUCGCAUGUCGAUUAGCUGCCAAAUAACUAUAAGCUAUAACGAUUAAAAUGACUCCGGAAGGUUAUACAAGGGUGUAUGUGGGGGGGUUGAACGAAGGUAUUAAGAAGGAAGAUCUGCAAACAGAGUUCGAAAAGUUUGGCAAGUUGAACAAAGUAUGGGUAGCAUUCAAUCCACCUGGCUUUGCAUUCAUUGAAUUUUUUAAUGAAAGCGAGGCAGAGGUGGCAUGCACAAAUAUGAAUGGUAUGGAAAUUAUGGGCACCAAAUUGAGAGUAGAGAUUUCGAGAGGCCGAGGUCGCGGAGGAAGAGGGGGUUCGGGGGGAUUCAGGGGCAGGGGAGGCUACAGAGGAACUGGUACGUACGGAGGAGGUUCUUAUACGGCAGGCAGGGGUGGUGGAAGCAGGGGCAGAGGGCGAUACGGAGAAGAAUAUAAUGCUAAUCGAGGCUCCGGCUAUACAGCACGCGACACCUAUAGCCGUGAUGGCUACUCCACUAAUAGUGGAGACAACACAGGAGAUUAUUAUGCCAAUAAGGAUGCCACAACUCCAAGGUAUCGCAGUCGCUCUCCAGUUAGCCGUGGCAGUCAUCGUCAUCUUCGUGAAUGCACAUAAAAGAACUGCGCUGCGUUGCCAAACUGAACUGCGGGGCCAUUCAAUCACCCGCCUCAACGACUACAUUCUGUCCAAUCUUCGCAGCGACGUGUACAUACACAAGAAUUACUAUAACGAUAUUACGCCAUGGCAUAUAUCAUCGUAUUCAACUGGUUUAUAGAGUAUAAUUGCUGUCGAAACAGUUUUUUUUCAUAACUUACCUGUUAGACAUCAGAGGAAGUGAAUGUGAAUUUCGUAGUGAAGCGAGGAGACGAAACUUUUUGAAAGACUGAUAAAACAUAUGAAUCAUAACUCAGUAGACAGCAUUUAAUUAUGCUGUGGUCUGUGACUUUGCGGAUCAUUCUCCAUUACUUGUUAGUGCUUCAGAUUCCACUUAUAAUUUUAAUGAUUUUCAUCAAGCUUCGUGGUGCUAGAAGUCAAACUUUGUUAUUCCUUUCUGUUUUUAUAUUUCUAAUUUUUAAUAUAAAACUGAAAUAGAUGAAGCAAAUGCAAGAGUCUAGUGCCAGGAUUAUCGGCUUUUCAUGUUUAUAGAAAGAUGCAUUUGCUUAGUGUUUCAUUAAAUGAUAAAAUUUAAUAUUAAACCAAAUAACUAGGUUUUAACAAAAUUUCAUACAAAUAAGUGUGAUUUGACCUAAUGCAUAUUUCAAUGAAAAGAAUGGCCUGCUUUGGUAAAACAUUUUACGACUAUGUAAGUGUUCGUCUGGAAAUUAAGUGAUAUUACAGUAUCCUGACAUAAGAAAACAAGUUGAAUUGGAAUUAACAACCUGUCUGUCAUAAUCUGACUCGUUCAGCCUUACAUAGUUUUAAAAUUAAUUGUACUUCAUACUUGGGCUACAGUGACUAUCUACUAUUAAUUUAAACAAUCUUACUGAAAAAGUAAAAUUAAACAAUUAUGUCACAGAUAUAUUUUUAACUACCACAUUUGCUAUGUCAUUGGAAAGUUCUGUAGCCAAGUGAUUGAUUUUUGUAAACUAAAAAAUAGCCAGAAUAUGAUCUGCAGGAUUUUAAUAACAAUCAUUUGAGUUGCAAUGCUUCACCUGUAAACAUACAUUUUGUAUGUUGGAAAAUGGUGCAUUUUGAUCUGCAGUCCAGGAAAUAUGAGAGAGACGUGAAAUUCAGUGCUGCUGGAUUGAGUUGUACAUUAUUUGAAACUUGGAUACAUUAAACAAACGAAAAUGAUAGCUGCUCUCACAACUGCCCGCCACCCCCCCUGCCUGCCUAUUCUUGUGUUCAAUUGUGAAAAAGAAUAUUAAUCAAUUUUUUUUUAGUCUCGUAAUUUACGACAAUUUCCAUCAAUAAUAGAAGAAAGCGAACAUGUAAUUACCAAUUCAUUACCGGGACUCUAAUAAGAUAGUCCUGGCAAAAUAUUAUUUUAGAUAUUUUGUGACGAGAUCAAGAGAAUUAAUAUUCACUAUUUGAUAUUUUUUUAUUCUUUGGUAUAAAUCAAAUUAUUUUUCUAGAAGUACCACGUGAUGUUGGGUGAUCAGUGAAAAAAGAUUUUGCAGAUAUAACGGACUGGAAAUACAUAAGUCCAAGAAUAAUAGCAUUCGAAGAGAAUGACGAAGCUAACCCUAUGUAAGUAUUUUGCAUGAUCUAAGUAAAUUUAAAAAAAAUGACAAGCAUUUGCACGAUGUAAUUAAGUAGAUUGCUUCACUGACACAUUUUUAAAAUAAAUAAUACAAAAAACAUGCCGCUACUUA